AUGACUACUGAGCUGCCCACACGUGUUAGUGGCGGCUGCCUCUGCGAAGCCCUUCGCUACACCAUCACCUUUCCCCAAGACCAUGAUUUCCAGCGCGGCGCAUCGACGUGCCAGUGCUCGCAGUGCCGCAAGCAGACUGGCAGCCUCAUCUACCGCGUGCAAAAGGUGCCGCGCAGCAGCUUCGCGCUCACCUCGCAGGCGACCCUCAAAACCUACAAGGCGUCGCCGCCCAACUCGCGCGGGUUCUGCGGUGACUGCGGCGGGCUCAUCUACUGGGCCGCCGAGGACGAGGACAAGAUUAGCGUCUGCGUGGGCUCGUUUGACGACGACGUGCUGCAAAAGUACGGCCGGGUCCUGACGUACGCCGAGAGGCACUUGUACUGCGUGAAUGAUAUACCCGGUGUGACGGAUCAUUUGCCAGGAAAGAAAUAUCCAGGCAACGAUGACUGA